AGCCCAGUAGUAUUUGUUUUUCUGUUCCACUAGAGGCUGUAGAGUAAUGUGUGUGUCUCUCGGUAUGUGUAUGUAUAACUAUGACUGUCCUAAGAGAUUCUGCAUAACCUUAUAAACUUUGGGUUCACUUAUAUACCUCUUGACAGAGUAGGUAUAAUUUAGUGCGUGAAGGUAGUGGCUCCAGAGUUCAGCGUCCUCAUGCAGUCAGAGUACAGAAUUCAUAGAAAACAACCAGAUCAGAUAUACUGCAUUGACUUACUGAAGCUCUCCUUUGAGGAAGCGUCAAUUUAACUUUAAAUCCUGAGCUCAUGGAGAACAGGAGAGAGAAGAGGAUGUCUCCAAAUGCAGGGAGCUGUUGCCAUAGCAUUUUCCCUCUCUAUUCCUGCCUACUCCUCCUCUCCUAAAGCAGCAACAAUUUGUUCUCCCCCGUUUUCCUUCAGAACCCAGAUGCAUUGGCAGAAGCCAGGACUCCAGUGGUGUGAUGUCCUUACCCGACUAAUCGCUGUACUAGUAGGGAUAUUGAAUAAGUCUGAGGGAGCUAUUAAGUUUCUCAAGACAGAAUCAUCUUUGCAGAUGCAACUGCAGCACAGGAAACAGACUCAGGGAGAAUUUUAGCCCUCCCAAAUCUCAUUGGCCCUCUGCACAAGCCAAGCCACAAUCACUCCUGCAACACAAUCGAAUUCUUUCAGCACUCGCAGCCGUGGACAGCUCCCUCGCCACGCGGUCCUUCCCUCCGCAGUGAGCAGACCCGCCUUCUUCCCGCCCGGGUCGGUGCGGUACUCCACACCAAGUCAGCCAGCGCGCAAGGAACCAGCGCUCCCUCCUCCUCCCUCUCGGUGCCCCCGCCCCUCGCUCACCCCGGCUCACUCCCGCGGCGACUUUGAGGGAUUCCCUCUUGGGCGGCCUCUGCAGCAGUACAACUCGCCUUACUCGCUGCUUGGCGAGCAUGGAUCCCCGAAGAAAAGCCGUUCUAGGCAUGGAUAGACUUCGAGUUCUUCUGAUGCUGUUCCAUACAGUGGCUCGAAUCAUGGCAGAACAAGAAGUGGAAAAUCUCUCAGGCCUUUCGACUAACCCUGAGAAAGAUAUAUUUGUGGUGCGGGAAAAUGGGACGACGUGUCUCAUGGCAGAGUUUGCAGCCAAAUUUAUUGUCCCUUAUGAUGUGUGGGCCAGCAAUUAUGUGGAUCUAAUCACGGAACAGGCUGAUAUCUCACUGACCCGGGGAGCUGAGGUGAAGGGCCGCUGUGGCCACAACGAGUCAGAGCUGCAGGUGUUCUGGGUGGAUCGCGCCUACUCACUCAAAAUGUUGUUUGUAAAGGAAAGUCACAACACGUCCAAGGGACCGGAAGCGACCUGGAGGCUAAGCAAGGUCCAAUUUGUCUAUGACUCCUCGGAGAAGACCCAUUUUAAAGACGCGGUCAGUGCCGGGAAGCACACAGCCAACUCGCAUCACCUCUCGGCCUUGGUCACCCCAGCCGGAAAGUCCUAUGAGUGUCAAGCUCAGCAGACCAUUUCACUAGCCUCCAGUGACCCGCAGAAGACAGUCACCAUGAUCCUGUCCGCGGUCCAUAUCCAGCCCUUUGACAUCAUCUCUGAUUUCGUCUUUAGUGAAGAGCAUAAAUGCCCAGUGGACGAGCGGGAGCAGCUGGAAGAAACCUUGCCCCUGAUUUUGGGGCUCAUCUUGGGCCUUGUCAUUGUGGUAACGCUGGUGAUUUACCACAUCCACCACAAGAUGACGGCCAACCAGGUGCAGAUCCCUAGAGAUCGAUCCCAGUAUAAGCACAUGGGCUAGAGACCAAUUAGGCAGAUAGCCCCCCCGCCCCCCAGCUGGAUCAGGUAGAGACACAAAAGCACUUUUCACCUGUAUAUGGAAUAUAACAACAUAGCUACCAAUCUAACAGGCCUGGGUAUUCAAGGCUUGCUUGGCCUGCAUCCAUGCUUAAACCCUGGGAUGGGGGGGAUUCUUUGGGAUUCACAGGGUGAAGGGCAGCUGUUCUUUCCAUGCUGGGGAGUGGGAGGGAGGUAUCAGCUGGCUCUCAUGCUCAUGGUGGCUUGGCUUUGACUUUCCAAGGGGCAACACAUAAAACUGGGAGGGUUAUUGGCUCCAAAGUUUAGGGUUUGCAGCCUCACUUCUUUUGGAAAGGUACCCUUUAAGGUUCAAGAGAAAUAUUGGUUGCUCUGCUCCCUUGAAAACAGAUGGCCUACCCUAUACUGUUGUCAAUGCACACAAAAUACAGCCUCAUGCUCCCUGCAGCAAGACCCCUGAAAGUGAUUCAUGCUUCUGGCUGGCGUUCUGCAUGUCUCGUGAUUGUCUUGGGAAUGUUUCACUGCUACCUGCGCCCAGUGACUUUGCAGCACAAGAACCUGUUUCAUGUAACUAUGCAGAGUUGUUUGGACUUCAUAGUGUGUCAGGUCCAGGUCAGGGGACCUGAAGAAUCAAUUGCUGUUGAGUUUGUUUUUCAAAAUGAAUUAAAACACACUACUGUCCAA